CUUCCCCUCAGCCGUGUCUGUGGGCGGGCGAGGGAGUUAUAAAAAGGCCCACACGGCUCUCAAGCCAGACAGAAAGGCAAGACGCCAACGAAGGAUUUUCCCCUCAGCAGUGCCGUAUCAUCGCCAUGGCGACCUACAGCCGUUUCUUGCUGCGGAUGCUCCCUCUGCGUCGAUGGCCACUGCCUGGCUUGGGCCCCGUCUGGCUCAGCGACCCCCAGCCGGCCUGCAGGGUCCUGUGGCCGUCCAGCCACGGCCUCGUGGACCGAGUCGUGGCCGACGUGGAGAGGCAGAUGCAGGACAUGGAAAGGAUGACCCGGGCCUUCUUCCAGGCAUCCCCGCUGCUGACAUGGGAGCGCGAGAGCCCAAGGGAGCCACGCGAGGAGAGUGCCACGGAGGCCGCCACGAAGGGGCAACCGGACGGGAAGUACCGCUUCUCCGUGGACGUGGCAGGCUUUUCCCCCGAGGAGAUGACGGUGAAGCUGGAUGGCAGAAAAGUCACAGUGACUGCCAAGCGCCAGAGAGAGAGCAAAAGUGAGGGGGCCGGCUACUGGCAAGAGCACCAAGAGUUGCGGCGGGAGACCCUCCUUCCGCUCGACGUGGACCUCCAGGCCGUCUCGUGCUCCUUGACCCCAGGCGGGCAGCUGUGCGUCGAGGCGCCACGCUUGGCUUCUUCCACGACCACGGAGAAAGCCAUCCCGAUCGACGUCCAGCCCGCAGCGCAAAACCCACCCAACGGGGAAGAGAAAGAACCGGGGAGCGGCGAUGGAACCAAGGCAAAGGAGACCUGAUAACUGUGGGACACCCUCGCUUCUGACAUGGAAAAGCAAACUUGCAGUGGCAUCAGACGACUCUGGAGACAAGAUUUUGCAUGCACUGGGGAGGGUGCUGUUUGACCUCUAUGCUGUAUCAGGGCCGGGCCAGGCCCAUAACGACCUCUUGCUCUCUGUGUAAUAAACCUUUUCUUUUUCCAGAA